CAAACAGCUGCUUGUUACUUCAUCGGCGAUUUCGGUGUGCAAGUUGAAAAACACAAUUUACUCGGUUAAUUUACAAUGAAAUCCCACUAUCUGAGCCAGCUAGACACGGCCGAUAAACUGUCCGCCGAGCCUUGGCCCGAAGACGCCACCCUCUACCAGCCUUAUGAAGCGGAACAGAUCCUGCUGCCGGAAAACGCCAGUUGCCUGGCCGUGAAGGCUUACCUGAAGAUGUGCAACCUGCCCUUCGGGAUUCGGUCCUGCGCCAACGCGGAGCACAUGUCGCCCGGCGGCAGGAUGACCAAGUUGCCCUUCAUCCGCGCAGGAGCAUUCAUCUUUGCCGAAUUCGAGCCGAUCGUGAACUUUGUGGAGCAGAAGGAACUGGCCAUUGGCAGCUGGCAGGACGAGGACGAGAAGUCCGACAUGCGCACCUAUGUGUCGCUGGUGGAGAACAUCUUCACCAUGGCGGAGCUGUACAUUAGCUUCAAGAACGAACGCGUCUACAAAGAGGUCACAGCGCCCAGGAACGGAGUCGUCUUUCCCUGGCCCCUCAAUCACAUGCAGAACUAUGGGAAGCGGCGGAACGCGCUGCGUCUGUUGAAGGUCUAUCAGUGGGACGACCUGGACAUCGACAGCGUCAUCGACAAGGUGGCCAAGUGCUGUGAGACGCUCGAGUACAAGCUGAAGGAGUCGCCGGAAACGCCCUUCUUCUACGGCGAUCAGCCCUGCGAACUGGACGCCAUCGCCUUCGGCCACCUCUUCAGCAUUCUGACCACCACGCUGCCGAACAUGGCGCUGGCCCAAACGGUGCAGAAGUUCAAGGACUUGGUCGAGUUCUGUCGCUUCGUCGAUGAGAAGUACUUUCAGACCAGGUGCCUGCCCAAUUAGUUGUAUGUAGUCGUCGCCUUGAAUGUUUUUAAAUUUAGUUGAAAAAAAAAAGGUUAUUCUACUGAUUUUGCUGCCAUUAAUGUCCAAAACUUUAUGUGUAAAUCAUUUGCACAAGUGACUCAAUCUGCAAGUCUCUUUAAACGGAGCUUUGCAAUUCUAAAAUACUUAUAACGAUCUUUACUUCAUUUAAUUUUCAGCAAAUAACUUUUCGGCUAAAGAAAUUUUGUAAGUAUUUGUUAUAAUACAUCAAAUAAAUUGUUGUUAACAAACCAAGCAAAAUAGUCUUGAUUUUUGAACAGCCCUUUCCUUUUCAUACUUUUGAAGAAAUACAAAUGCAUUGAACGCACGUUUAUGUAAAGACCUUAAA